GCAUGCAGCAGCAGCAGCAGCAGCGGGCGGCGGGCUCCACAGCAGCAGCAGCCGCUCCGGACGCCGCGGGAAGCAGCAGCAGCAGCGCCGCAGACGUCGACGACAGAGACGGAGCCGGGGAGAGGAUGGAGAGGACGGCGCCGAGCGAGCAGCAGGACCGGACCGGCAACAACCCGCAGCAGCAGCAGCAGCAGCAGACGUCCUUAUCGCCGUCCGCAGUGCUCGACAAGCUGUUCGGGAAGCGGCUUUUGCAGGCCCGACACUACAUCAUGUCUCGGAAGUCCUGGUUGAAGAUGGUGCCGACUGAAAACUGUGACAUCCUGAUGACAUUUCCAGACUCAAUCGACGACCACACUCUGCUGUGGCUCCUCAAUCAGAUCCGUGUCGGCAUUCCUCAAGUCAGCAUCCAGGUUCGACAGCAUAAACACACCCAGGCAAACGCCUUCUUCAUCACCACCACCUUUGAGAACUUACUGCGAGGAGCCGAGCAGAUGGGCAUGCACAAAACUGUCAAGCCGCAGUUCGGCGGCGGGAUGCGGCGCUUUUCCUGCGAGGAGGACAACAUCUACGAGAACAUCGAGAGCGAGCUCUGCUUUUUCACAUCGCAGGAGCGACAGAGCAUCAUCAAGUACUGGCUGGACAACCUGCGAGCCAAACAGGGGGAGGUGCUUCACAACAUCCACUUCCUGGAAGGACAGCCAAUCAUUCCAGAGCUGGUCGCUCGAGGGGUGAUCCUUCAGAUGUUUCCCCUUCACGAACAGAGGAUCCUCAACCAGCUGAUGACGUCUUGGGUCCAGGCGGUGUGUGAAAGGCAGCCCCUCGAUGAUAUCUGUGACUACUUUGGAGUGAAGAUCGGCAUGUAUUUCGCCUGGCUGGGUUUUUACACCAACUCCAUGCUCUACCCCGCAGUCAUCGGCUUUCUGCUGUGGAUCCUUGCAGAGGCGGAUCAGACCAGUCAGGACAUCUGCUGUGUGGUUUUCGCCCUCUUCAACGUCGUGUGGGCCACGUUGUUCCUGGAGCGCUGGAAGCGGCGCGAGGCCGAGCUGGCCUACCGCUGGGGCACUCUGGACACCCCGGCUGAGUCUCUGGAGGAGCCCAGGCCCCAGUUCAGGGGUGUGAAGCGCUGCAGUCCCAUAACAGGCUGUGAGGAGUUUUACUACCCGCCGUGGAAAAGAGCUGUGUUCAGAUGGCUGGUCAGCCUCCCCAUCUGCCUCCUCUGCCUCUGCUUCGUCUUCCUCGCGAUGCUCCUCUGCCUGGAACUGCAGGAGUUGGUGAUGGAGAUUCAGGAGCUACCUGGUAUCACCAGAUUCAUUCCUAAGAUCCUCCUGGCAGUCACUGUAACCGUUUGUGAUGAGGUGUAUAAGAAGAUUGCUUAUUGGCUCAACGACAUGGAGAACUACAGACUUCAGAGUGCCUAUGAGAACAAUCUCAUCAUCAAGAUGGUUUUUUUCGAAUUCAUCAACUCUUACCUUAGCCUUUUCUACAUCGGAUUCUACCUCAAAGACAUGGAGCGGCUGAAGGAGAUGCUAGCUACUCUGCUGAUUUUCCGUCAGUUCCUCCAGAACAUCAAAGAGGUCCUCCAGCCUUAUCUGUACGAGCAAAACAAGCUGGGUGUCUUCACCCCAAAGGUGCUGUGGGAGCUGCUGCAAGCCAUCAUACUCAAGUACGGCCGCCUUGCUUUGGGAAAGGCCCAAGCCUCAAUGACGUCCUAUUCCUUUCUCAGUCCCAGAGGAGUCCCUGUCAGUCACACUGCCAAUGCCCACCAAGAGACAAAGAGAAGAGGGGACUUGAAAGCAGGAUUCAGGCUGUCAGAGGAGGAAUGGGACAUGAAUGACAGCGCCUUGAAGCAGCGGAAAGUCAGCUUCACUGAGAAGGUCGACUACCAGGACGUCGCCGCAGAAGCGCAGGCGGCGGACGACAGCUUCCUGGAGGACAGUCCCACGCUGGUGGAGGACGGGAUGGAUCCCACCAGUAUUUUUGACAGCUGCGAUGAGGACAGUGACUGUGAAUCGCUGGCUCAACAGGAGACCAAGGACAACGCCUCUCUCUCCUCUGCAAAGGAAUCCGACUCUCUCUGCCACCGCAGAAAAAAUGCUGAAGGGCGAGACGACAAGAGGUCGUGGAUAGAUCCUCCAGAAGAGCCGAAGACCGUCAGUCUGACGCAGGCUGAGAUCGAGAGCUGCAUGCAGACAUACGAGGACACGCUGCAGGACUACCAGGAGAUGUUCAUCCAGUUCGGCUACGUGGUGCUCUUCUCUUCUGCGUUCCCGCUGGCCGCCAUGUGCGCCCUGAUCAACAACAUCAUUGAGAUCCGCAGCGACGCCCUGAAGCUGUGCACCGGCCUGCAGAGGCCCUUCGGUCAGCGGGUGGAGAACAUUGGGCAGUGGCAGACUGCAAUGGAGGCCAUGGGCCUGAUAGCCAUCAUCGUUAACUGUUACCUGAUCGGCCAGUGCGGGCAGCUGCAGCGCUUGUUCCCCUGGCUGAGCCCCGAGAUGACCAUCAUCUCCAUCGUCUUACUGGAGCACUUUGCAAUCCUCCUAAAGUACAUCAUCCAUGUUGCCAUCCCUGAUAUCCCUGGCUGGGUAGCAGAGGAGAUGGCCAAGCUAGAGUACCGACGAAGGGAAGCUUUCAAGAAGCACGAGCAGCAGGCACAGCAGCACUUCCAGCAGCAGCUCAGGCGGCGGCGUGAGGAGGAGGAGCUCCAGCGGCAGGCCGAGCUGCAGGCCGAGGCGCGUCAGGAGAGCGACUACCACAAGGCGGACGCGCAGCACCAGCACCACCACGACAAGGCGCAGGGAAACAAGCCGGGGGAGAAGCCCAAAAGGCCCAGCUCUCUUCUGGGGAACAACAACGUGAUGAAGCUGAAGCAGAUCAUUCCCCUCCAGGGGAAGUUCUCCUCCGGCGCGUCUCGCUCCCCGGCCCAGUCCCCGACGGGAGGCGAAGCCAAGCUGCCCGGGUUUCUCAAGUUCUUGAAGUCGCCCGAAGUGAAAAAGGAGCCGGCGGCGGCGGCGGCGGCCGGGGCAACGACAGGAUCGACGGCGACUUCGGCAGUUCCCCCGAGUGGCCAGGAGAGGUCACAAUCCCCCAACAGGACGUUCAGUCCUGGGAAGCUGUUCAGUUUCAGCAAGUCGGAGGGCACAGUGGUGUGUGCGAACGGGACGCAGCCACCCGCCCAGGCUGCGAACGCCCAGCCCAACAGGGCCGAUCUCAACACAACCCCAGAAGAAUUACCCUCCACCGAGUCCGACAAAGCCGAUUCAAGACAAUCGAAUGAUUCAGAAAACUCGAAAUCUUAAUGAUCAGUUGCAGUGUGUAACUCUGUAUGUGGAGAGCAAAUGUACAAAUGUCCAGGAAACUCUGAGAGACACUAACGCACCUGCAGUGUAGGAGAACAUGUUAGUCACAGGGACCAUAUGUAAGGUCAGAGUUUAGACGAUUUAACUCUCGAUGCAAGUUCUGUCUCACCAAGCGUCGCACUGUAUCUACUAACUCUCGAUUGUCCGGCUUCCAUGUAAAAAAUGUACAGUUAAUGUAUCUUCUUGAAUGGAGCUUUUAGCAGCCUUUACCUGAGGUUCAAACGUUGCAUGACCGGCCUCAACUGCACCAGAACCGACCCGAAGGAUCUCUCCACACACUCCAGGACUUUUUACAACCGUUCUACAUUCCUGGUUUGUUUCCUCUCAGACGCCUGUAUCCAAUGCAUGCUGCAUCACGUGCAUGCAUUACAUGUCAAUCAUGUCUCAUUUUAGUUGUCGAGCACUUUUGAAGCCAUCAUAUUCUUCCGCAAUAGGUCAGAUAUAGUCACUGUGACCAUAAAAAAAAAUAUAUUUUUCUUAACUUUGAUUUUCUAUGAAUUAUUUUACUACAUAAAUUAGUGAAUGUACUUCGAUGAUGCAAAUAAAUCUCACUUGAAACAUCCAUCAUGAGAUAAUGCACAGGCUACGAUAAUAAAUAUCACUA